UUCAAAAACAAGCAAGGCUUGAAACAGAAACUUCAUCAAAAACUUUGUUUACAUUGCAAAUUCCCGAACAUUUUCGUUAUAAACACCUCGCUGACUUUGAUUUAUGAUUUUAUUAAGAAUGAUUGCAAAAACUAAUAAACUGAGAAGAAUUUUGUUUUAUUUCUAUAAAAGUUUCAAUAAAAUAAGCUUAUUUAAUUCAAACUGAAAAAAAACAAACAACAAACUUUGGAGAUAUUGACAUACUUAUUUACAGAUAAUAUUUAUUAGAUUUAGAUUUUUAUUGUUUUAAAAUGAGAACUUUUAACUGACGUGUUGAAUUUAAUGUGCCUUCUGCUUUUUGUGUGAGAUUUUUAAAAACCGAAUUUCUUUCGAGUUCUUUUUAUAAGUUUUAAUUUAAUUAUAUUUAUUGUUUGUUGUUAAAAGUGGAAUAAGCAGACCAGUAAUAUGUUAUUUCUAUGAAUUGAAUGAAAUAAGUAUGCUGUUACAAUAGGUUUUAACUUUGCUAUUUGUGAGAAAUGAAAUUUUUAUUCAGAUUUUCAAGUAUUAUAUAGAAGCUACAUUUCAAAUUAUAGUUGUGAAAAAUCAUUGAAAAGCAGAUGUAUUCCCUUUUUGAAGUGCGCAAAAUUUUAGCUGUAUCUAAUCCUGGAGGUGGAAAAGAUGUGGAAAUUAUUUUAACUGCUUAUACAGAAAAUAAAGAAAGUAGCUCAUUAGCUUUGGUUUGUAGCAAUGGUUACAUAUUAUUUCGCUAUGUUUGUAAUAAAUGGGACUCUCCUCUCAUGCGCCAGCUUUGUUGGUUUAAUAAUCCUGGAAAAGUAAUAAAAGCUUUAUGUUUUGAUCCUUCUGGCUUGUGGCUACUUAUUGUUACUCAAGAUGCAUCACUUUAUAUUUUGCCAGCAUUUUCAUUUUUUAAUCCUGAUACCAAGAUAUCUGCUAAUUGGAAAGUGGAUAAUUUGACUGAAAUAAAACUUCCUGGCAAAAGAGCGUCAUUUACCUCGGUUCAGUGGUGGCAGACACAUGCCGGAGAACAUAUUGCUAUUAUAGGCAGUGAGCUUGGAGAAAUUUCAUUUGUGAAUUUAGUUAAUAAGAAAGAGGUUGGUGGUACUUAUAUAACCAUUGGCAUAUCUGCACUUGAUAUUUUAUAUGAUGAAAGUCAUGAUACUACUUACUUGUUGAUUACAGGAUAUAGUCAACAACAAUGGCGCUUAUUACUAGAGGAAAAGAAGUCAAAUUUUUACUGGCCUUUUAGUUCUGAUUCUGAUGUUAGCAAUAUCAAGAAAGGAAUGCCUGUUGCUGAGAGAAUUUUACUUGCUGAUGAAAAAAAUGGUGAUCAGAGGCCUCACCGAUUAUCUAAAUUUGAAAGUGGUACGUUUUUGACCCCUCAAGGGGGGGAUGGCAGAAAUCUUGUUUCAGCUUACAGUUCAUCAUCUUGCCUUCUUCAGGUCCUUGAAGGUGAUUUGGAUCAAAUGCAUCUAUUUUCUUAUAAAGUUCCUGCUGAGUGUGAAAGUAUCGUGUUAUCCGACAAAUUUAUUUUUGCAACCCUAAGAGAUCAAACAGUUUCAAAUCAACGUGUGUUUAAAAUCAUUUCAAGAAAGUUUUCUGAAAUUUCUUCUGAAAAUGCCAAAAAGAAAGAAUCUCAGUGUGCAGAAAUACAAAGCUUUGUCUUUAGUGAUAAAAUAAUUGCUCUUUACAAAUUAUUAAACCAUUCAUCAAGGAAAAAAAGGGUUUCUUUUUCUGCUCAAGGUAAUUCAAGUGAAAAUCCUGAUAAUCUUGAAAUAUCUGAAUCUGCCUCCAACUUCAAUGUUGUAAAUAAAUCUUUCAAUAAUCUUGGUACAAGUCAAAGUAUGCAUACUUCUGAUAUUAAAACAAGAACAUUAGAGGGAUGUAUUUUAAUCCAGAAAGAUUGUGUCUGGGAAUGUAGACAAAAAAUAUCUGCCAAAGAACUGUUUUUAAGCCUUACAGAUACACCUACAACAUUACCGUUGGCUGAAAACGUAUGCAUGAUGCUAGGAUUAGACUUACACAAACUGUACGAAAUCGCAGCUGAUAAGCAACUAUCAAAUGGGCGAUUUCCUCAAGCUGUUCAUUUGUAUCAAUUAUCAAAGUGCCCACAAUUAAAGCGAGUUGCACAUUUCAUGGGAUAUGGAUUCUUGUCAGAAUUAAUAGCAUAUAUACAAGUUCUUUUUAGUACUAAAGGUGUUGAAAUAGUAUCUGCUGAUAAAUGUCACUUUGCUAACAUUGCUCUUCAUUGCUUUGCUCACCAAGCUAAAAAUAAACUGACAGAAAGAAUGAUGAUAAACACAGCUUUUAAAAAAUUUUUAAAAGAGAAUCUAUAUUAUGAUGAAGAGGUAUCUGCAAAACUUUUGGCUGAGCAAGGUCUUUAUGAAUUGAUACACUUUUUUGCAAAGGUUCGAGGGCAACAAGGCUUGGCUGUGGAAACAUUGUUGGUCACUGAUGGAAUCAAAAAUACUAUUGAUGCACAUAUUUUAGAUAUUUUACGAAAUUCACCUUACGAAGUUAUUCUUCAUCAUGAAAAUGCUGAACAUUACAUGAAAUGCAUGACUUCAUACCAUCUGCUACAAUUCUUAGCCGCAAAGCCCUCAUUUUUAAAUUUACAUUUAAAACAUUUGAUUUUACUGUUGCCUGCAAUGGAUAUUCCUUCUUUACGCCGAGUUGCUUAUCUUUUCGAUCCAUCUCGUCAAGUAGCAAGGUUGUCUUUUAAAAAUAUGUCAUCAACAAUUAGCAAGAGAAGUUGGAGUUUGAGUUCUUUAGCAACUAUAUCCUGUGACAUGAAUGAUCCUAAGCUGAAGGAAGAAGCAUCUACUAUUGAAGAUAUUAUAAAGUUUUUCGUUUUUGUUUUGUUAAUGCUUUGCUAUAAGUUGGGUUACCCAAAAUUUCUAAAAGAUCUCUUGAAAAAUGAAGUAUUUUGUGUGGAGCCUUCCAAUUUUGAAACAAGCUCAGAAAAUAUUAAAGAGUUAAUAGAUUCAAAAAAAACAUUAUCUUGUGGACAAGCACACACUGCUUAUAUACAUAAUGGAAUACUUUAUAUGUGGGGAAAAUCAGGAAGUGGAAGACUUGGUAUAGAAGACAUUGAUGAAUAUCUUCCUCCUCAACCUGUACCAAUUUUGCUUCAGCUUCAAGUAAAUGUUUUAUCAGUAUCUUGUGGAGCUCUUCAUACUCUUGCUUUAACAGAUUAUGGUUUGUUUAGUUGGGGAUCAUCUCGAUUUGGGCAGCUUGGUGUAGGAGAAGUUCAACAGUCUGUUCAACCACUGAUUAUUGAAAGUCUUUUGGCUGAAAAAAUUCAACAAGUUUGUUGUGGUCAGUACCAUUCAAUGGCUCUAACAUGUAGUGGAAGAGUUUAUACAUGGGGAUGGGGAGUACAUGGCCAGCUCGGACAUGGUAAUGCGGAAGAUCAGAACAUUCCAAAGCUAAUAGAAUGCAUAAAGAAAAGAAGGAUUAUUUCUAUAUGUGCUGGUCAAGGUCAUAGUGUUUUAUUAAGUAAAAAUGAAGAAGUUUAUACUUUUGGAUGUGGAAUGUUUGGUCAGCUCGGAACUGGAACUGUUUUGAAACAAAGUCGGCCAGUAGAAAUUAAUAUUCCUGAACAAAUAAGACUCAUUGCUUCUGGUUUCUUUCAUGUGAUUGCAGUAAGUAAUACAAACAAAAUAUAUACCUGGGGCUGCAAUCCACAAUCAUUACGUAUUCAAGCUCAAAAUUCUCGCCGAGCUCGUCAGCAUGGCACCAAUACUUCUCUUAAUUCAAGACUGUCUCCUGGUUCUACAAAUGGCAGCUCACUGCACCAAAGAUCAUCUAAUGUGAAUAAUGCUGUUCAACAAAGCCAUCUUCUACCUAAUUUGCUUAAUACUUCACUAAUUAAUGAUGAUAUAACUGAGGUUUCGUGUGGAAGUCAUCAUACAGUUGUUGUGACUAACAGUGGUGAAGUAUACUCUUGGGGACGAAAUUCUGAAGGGCAGAUUGGUAAUGGAACAAGAAAAGAACAGAAAAUACCUUCUUUGGUUAUUGGACUUAAAGAUAGACAAAUUGAGCACAUUUCAUGUGGAGCUGAUUUCUCAAUUGCUGUUGAUAUGAAUGCUAAAAUAUUUGGUUGGGGACAAAAUGACAGUGGUCAACUUGGAUUAAAACCAGUUCUUGAGUCCAACACUAAACAUAAUUCUGGUUCUUCUGGAGGCAGAGUUAUAACGAUUCGUACUAAUCGUAGAAUGAUAACCAUAACACAGCCCUGUCGUCAGAGUGUUCUUCGCCCAAUUGAAGUUGCUGUUCCUUAUUAUGAAAUAAAAUCCAGCAUUUAUGACAGUGGCAGUUUUGAAAAUGAAUACUCUGUAGUGAAAAUUUUAAAUCAUGAUCUUCAAAGUAGAAAUUUAGGUGAAAAUAUUCCUCAAUUAUCAUCACUUGAUGAUCCUCCAUAUGGACCGCGUGCUCUACAUGCUGCAUUGAAUAUAUUUCAUCAAUAUUUUGAUUUUACUAUGCUUCUCAAUCACUGCCUCAAUUUUGGAAAUUUUCAAGCUGCUGCAAAGCUAUGUGCACUGGAAAAACUCUUUGAUCAGGCUUUAGAUUAUCAACUGAAGGCACUUUCUGUUGAAUCAAAUCCAGUUCAGUCACAAAUGGCUCUAUUUAUAACUGAAUAUUAUACAAAUCUACUCGAGAUAAGAAAUGAAGAUACAAACCAAAAGUUCUUAAAUAAUAUAAUUCGAUUUUGGAUACAAAAUAAUUUAGAAAUUCUCCCACUUGAAAAAUUUUUUCAAGCUUACAAUUGCAUAUUUUCAUAUCCAUUAAGUAUUAUACUAUCAAGUAAUGAUGCUUCUAUAGUUACGGAAUUUGAAGUACAGCAGAAAUUUAUUUCUCAGUUAAGUCCAAAAUUCUGCAUGGACAUUUUGUAUGGGACAAUUAAAGAGAUGCAACAAGGAAGCCAUUUAAGAAAUUUAGUUGAUGAAAUGGUUACAUUGUCAAAUACAAAAAACACACUGCAUAAGAUUCAAGAUUCAGAUACGUUAACAGAAUGGGAUGAUUCCAUUCCUCAAGAGCGUUUGUGGAUGGACAUAAUGCACAAUUUGCAAGCAGGAAUUGCUCCACAUUCUGCCAUUCACAUGUCUACUAAUAAUAUAGAUUUUUUAGCAAAAUCUUUAAUAAGUGAAAAAUUUUACUCUCAAUCAUUUAAUAAUGCUUCUGAAAUAACAGAGCUGAACUUUGAUAGAAACGAUGUUGCUAUAUUCUCUUGUGGACAUUAUUAUACCCUUGCAUCCUUUCACUCCAAUAUUUUACAGUUGUUCAAGGAAUCAAUGGUUGCCUUAACUUAUCCACUUCCAUUAACAAUUAAACUCUUGCUCUCUGAAUACCAAGAAGAUAUUUUAACUGUUGCUUGUCCUAAAUGUGUAAUUAAUGAAAUUAGUAAUUCUUUAUGAUUUUUCAUUUAUACAUUGUAAUAUUUGUAGGUUUCAGGCUAAAUAGAAUUUUUAUUAUUAAAAAAUUUGUUGAAAUAAUGCAAAAUAUAAUUUUAUGUUUUAAGAUAUUUAAUAUUUAUUGUAAAUAUUUUAUGUUACAUCGUUGUUAAAUUUGUUUUUUAUUAAAAUUUAAAAAAAAAAAAUAUUUGUCUUACACUAAUGAAGUUAGUGUUAUUCCAUAUGUGUUAUAAAGUAUCUGGUCUCCUAGAAUUGAACAAUAUGUUAUUUGAGUAUGCCAUAUAGUAUUUAACAAUACUGGCUGAAACAUACUAGUACAUUGCUCAGAAUAAAAAGAUAUCACUCUGAAUAAUUUUGUUCUAAUAAUCGGAUUUUCACGUACUAAGUGUCAAAAUAGUUAUUGGGAGUGACUUCAAAUAUGCUAAUUAAUUAGUGCUAACUAUUAAUUAAGUUACACAAUCGGACACAAAAAUGCACUUUCUCUGAAUAAACAUAUUUUUUACACAUUUGGAUUUUUGACUCUCAAAAUAGAGGGGGGUGUGACUGUAUUUUGAAAUUACAGUCCUAAUAACUUUGUCGGAAGCAGUUAUAAGUUUGGCCCCCUUAAUGUAAUUUCACUUUUUGGUCAUAUCUUUAAAACUAAUUGUGCAAUUAAAGAAAAAUUACACCCUCCCAUGAAACUUGUUUACCCAAAAAUAAUUUCAAACAGAAGCUUAUUUUUAAUAAUUAUUUAUUAUUAUUUAAUUUCAUACUGGACAAAAAAAAUUUUAAAUUAUGAGCCAUACAUUUUUUAUACCAUAUUAAUCGAUGUAUUUUUCUAUAGUGAACUCAAAAGUUUCAAUUGUUUUUAUAGAGAAGAAGCUGAGAAAAAUUCAAAAACGAAUUCUUUUAAAAAAAAUAAUAAUUUGGCGACAAUGAAAAAAAUAUUUAAUUGGAGUGAUUAAUGCCUAAAUUUGGUAUUCUUUCAGGAACUUGACUUACACAAGCUUAGUGCAAUUUUCAUUCAUGAUUUUUCGAUGUUUUUAUUCUAUAUCAUUUCCUUUUUUAACUAUACAAAAUGUUUCUUUUUAAGUCGAAUUUAGUAAAGAGAUUUGAAUAAAGUAUUAUGUUUAACAAAUGUCAAAUCUUAUUAAAAUAUGUUUUUGAUUGAA